GAUGUUCCACUUCUCGCGCGAGGCCGUCGCGAGGCUGAAGGCGAGGGCGAACGAGGAGUGCGGGCGAGGCGACUUGUCGUCGUUCCAGUCGCUGACCGCGCUCCUUUGGCGCGCCGUCACGCGCGCGCGGGGCCUCGCGCCUGGGCAGGCGACGAGCUGCCGCGUGGCCAUCGAAAACCGAGCGCGGCUGCGGCCGCCGCUCGCGAAGGAGUACUUCGGGAACUCGAUAUACGUCGUCGCCGCGUCGGCCACGGCGGGCGAGCUCCUCGCGCAGGGAAUCGGGUGGGCCGCGGCGCUGGUGAACCGGGCCGUGGCGGAGCACACGGACACCGAGAUCAGGGCUAAGUUGGGGGCAUGGAUGGCGCGGCCCUUUGUGUACACGCUCCGCGAGUUUGACGAGAACAGCGUGAUGGUGGGGAGCUCGCCGCGGUUCGACAUGUACGGGUGCGAGUUCGGGUGGGGGAGGGCGGUGGCGGCGCGGAGCGGCGGGGCGAACAAGUUCGACGGAAAAAUAUCGAUGUAUCCGGGUUGGGAGGGAGGGGGGAGCAUGGACGUGGAGCUGUGCUUGGUCCCGGAGAACAUGGCGGCGCUCGAGAGGGACGAGGAGUUCAUGGGCGCCGUGUCACCGCCCGUGGAGAUGGAGGUGCUGCUCGAGGGGAUUAAUUAA